CGUCUACUCUGCGGCCGCAGCGCACGAGGCGACCUCCGAAACUCAUUUAUUGGUCCAACUUUCAGAUAUUAUUCCGCGUCCUUCUCCGGGCCAAUUAAUUUAAAGAGUCCAUUUAGGGUUAAUAUGACCAAACUCUUGUUGGCUUGUAGAGUUGUUGAAUCUCUGAGYCAAGGAUGCAUGGUUGGCAGAAAACUGGGAAACACGUCGGGCUGCCUGACGCUUCAAACCGCAAAACUCUUUACUUUGAAGGCUCAGACAGCCCACCUGGUCUUGGAAGAUGGUACCAGGAUGAAAGGAUUUUCCUUUGGGCGCAAUGCUUCUGUAGCUGGGGAACUUGUCUUCAACACUGGCCUGGUUGGCUAUCCUGAGGCACUGACCGACCCCAGCUAUAAAGGUCAGAUCCUGACCCUGACUUACCCAAUUGUUGGGAACUARGGGGUGCCUAACACGCAGGAGCUGGAUGAGCUUGGUCUGAGAAAACAUGUGGAGUCUGACUGCAUUCAGGUGUCUGGUCUUCUGGUUCAAGACUACAGCCACGAGUAUAGCCACUGGAAUUCUGUCAAGUCUCUGGGUCAAUGGUUGCAAGAAGAGAAGGUUCCGGCGCUUUUUGGAAUCGAUACCAGAAUGCUGACCAAGAUCAUCAGAGAUAAGGGAACAAUUUUGGCGAAGAUUGAAUUUGAUGACCAGCCUGUGGAGAUAUCAGACCCCAACCAAAAAAACCUUAUUGCAGAGGUCUCAACAAAGGAAAUAAAAGUUUUUGGAAAAGGCAACCCAAUCAAAGUUGUGGCUGUUGACUGUGGUAUAAAACAUAAUAUCAUUCGGCUGCUGGUUAAGCGAGGUGCAGAGGUUCACCUGGUGCCAUGGAACCAUGACUUGAUGUCUUUAGACUAUGAUGGCCUGUUCAUAUCAAAUGGACCGGGAGAUCCAGCUCUAGCCAAGACACUCAUCAGCAACAUACGCAAAGUUCUGGAGAGUGAUCGCUCCCAGCCAGUGUUUGGGAUCUGUAUGGGCAACCAAAUCACUGCUCUGGCUGCAGGAGCCAACUCAUACAAACUACCUAUGGGUAACAGAGGUCAGAACCAGCCAGUGUUGAAUGUGAUGACAGGACAGGCCUUCAUUACUGCACAGAACCAUGGUUACGGAAUAGACAGCGAGUCCCUGCCAGCAGGCUGGAGCCCGCUUUUCAUCAAUGCUAAUGAUGGCACUAAUGAGGGCAUCAUGCACAACACUAAGCCUGUUUUCACGGCCCAGUUUCAUCCGGAGGCUAAGGGUGGUCCCACUGACACAGAGUUUUUAUUUGACACCUUCUUAUCUCUGAUCAAGAAAGGAAAGGAUGCCAACAUAGUGUCUCUCAUGCCAAAAAAACCUGACAUCCCUCCCAGAGCUCAGGUUUCAAAGGUACUUGUACUGGGCUCUGGUGGUCUUUCUAUUGGUCAGGCUGGAGAGUUUGACUACUCAGGAUCUCAGGCUAUCAAAGCCAUGAAAGAGGAAAACCUGAAAACAGUGCUGAUGAACCCAAACAUAGCAUCAGUUCAGACCAAUGAAGUGGGCACCAAGCAGGCGGACUCUGUCUAUUUCCUGCCCGUUACGCCACAGUUUGUAACUGAAGUCAUUAAAACUGAACGUCCGGAUGGGAUCCUGCUCUCCAUGGGUGGACAAACGGCCCUCAACUGUGGGGUAGAAUUGUUCCAGCGUGGGAUCUUGGAGCAGUAUGGGGUGAAAGUCCUUGGAACACCAGUGGAGUCCAUCAUGGCCACAGAAGACAGGCAGCUAUUUGCUGACAAACUGAUGGAGAUCAAUGAGAAGAUUGCACCCAGCAUUGCUGUGGAGUCGGUUUCUGAUGCCUUAAAAGCAGCUGAGCAGAUAGGAUACCCGGUCAUGGUCCGAUCAGCCUAUGCUCUGGGAGGUCUGGGCUCGGGUCUGUGUGCUAACAAGGAAAAACUGGAGGAAACAGCCCAUAAGGCUCUGGCCAUGAGCAGUCAGAUUCUGGUGGAGAAGUCUUUACUCGGCUGGAAGGAGGUAGAAUAUGAAGUUGUGAGGGAUGUGGCUGAUAACUGUGUCACUGUCUGCAACAUGGAGAACUUUGAUCCUCUGGGCAUUCACACAGGGGACUCCAUAGUGGUUGCUCCGAGCCAGACGCUGUCCAAUGAGGAGUACCACAUGCUCCGCGAGACUGCGAUCAAGGUGGUGCGUCACCUCGGGAUUGUGGGUGAAUGCAACAUUCAAUACGCCCUACAUCCAUCGUCCCUAGAGUACUGCAUCAUCGAGGUUAACGCCCGACUUUCUAGAAGCUCAGCUUUGGCAUCCAAAGCUACUGGGUACCCAUUGGCUUUUGUAGCUGCAAAGUUAGCUUUGGGAAUCCCCUUGCCAGACAUCAAAAACGCUGUGUCAGAGAAAACUACAGCCUGCUUUGAGCCAAGUUUAGACUACAUCGUCACCAAGAUUCCCCGCUGGGACCUGGACCGUUUCCAGGGCAUGUCUCUGGAAAUAGGCAGUGCCAUGAAGAGUGUUGGAGAGGUGAUGGCAGUUGGCCGGACGUUUGAGGAGAGCAUGCAGAAGGCCUUGAGGAUGUGUCAUCCAUCUGUGGACGGCUUUGUUCCCCGGCUGCCACUCAAGAAAGCCUGGGGCAACACCCAGGACCUGCAACAGGAGCUGGCUGUGCCCUCCAGCACACGCAUUUUCUCCCUUGCCAAGGCGCUGCAUAAUGGAAUGAGUGUUGAUCAGAUUCAUCAGCUGACGGCCAUAGAUAAGUGGUUUCUUCACAAGCUUCACAGGAUAACUCAGCUGGAACAAAACCUUGGAAGCUACAACAGUGGUACAGUGCCCAAGGAACUGCUGUUGAAAGCCAAGCAGCAUGGUUUCUCAGACCAGCAGGUCGGUCAGGCUCUUAGCUGCGAUGAGAAAGCAGCCAGAGAGCUGAGGCUCACUUAUGACAUCAGACCUUGGGUCAAACAGAUCGACACCUUAGCAGCUGAGUAUCCAGCAAUGACCAAUUAUUUAUAUUGUACCUAUCAUGGUCAGGAACAUGAUCUAGACUUCAAAGAUCAGGGAAUUAUGGUUCUUGGUUGUGGACCUUAUCACAUUGGGAGCAGUGUUGAGUUCGACUGGUGUGCAGUGUCUUGCAUCAGAGCCUUGAGACAAAUGGGCAAGAAGACCGUGGUGGUCAACCACAACCCUGAGACAGUCAGCACCGACUUUGAUGAGUGUGACCGCCUUUACUUUGAAGAGUUGACCCUGGAGCGCAUCCUUGAUAUCACCCAGCAGGAGGGUUGUUUUGGUAGCAUUGUGUCAGUAGGAGGUCAGAUCCCCAACAACUUGGCCAUGCCGRUGCACCUUAAUGGAGUGAAGAUUCUAGGAACAAGCCCUCGGCAGAUUGACAGAGCAGAGGAACGCUCCGUCUUCUCCGGUAUUCUGGAUAAUCUUGAGGUGGCCCAAGCCCCUUGGAGGGCGCUGAGCUCACUGGAAGAUGCUUUUGCAUUUGCAAACCAGGUGGGCUACCCCUGUCUUCUGCGCCCUUCGUAUGUUCUAAGUGGCUCUGCAAUGAACGUUGCGUAUGGAGAAGAAGAAAUGAAACGCUUCCUGGAGGAGGCUACACAGGUAUCUCAGGUUCUUGUCCAUGCCAUCACAGAGCACGUGGAAGAUGCGGGGGUCCACUCUGGGGAUGCAACCCUGAUGCUUCCAACCCAAACCAUCAGCCAGGGAGCUCUAGAGAAGGUUAAAGUCGCCACYCGGAAAAUUGCCCAAGCGUUUGAAAUUUCAGGACCCUUUAAUACUCAAUUUCUGGUAAAAGGCAAUGAUGUCAUGGUGAUAGAGUGUAAUCUGCGGGCAUCGCGAUCCUUCCCUUUUGUCUCAAAAACAAUUGGUGUGGACUUUAUCAACGUGGCAACCAAAGUGAUGGUGGGCGAGCCUUUGGAUGAGUCUAGCCUUCCGUCACUAGAGAAGCCAAUCAUUCCUGUAGAUUACGUGGGAAUUAAGGCACCAAUGUUCUCCUGGCCAAGACUGAGGGAUGCAGACCCUGUGCUUCGCUGUGAAAUGGCUUCCACUGGAGAAGUAGCUUGUUUUGGACCAAACAUUUAUUCAGCCUUCCUGAAGGCCAUUCUCUCCACAGGCUUUAAGCUGCCACAGAAGGGCAUCCUGAUUGGGAUUCAAGAAUCCUUUCGACCUAAUUUCUUAGCUACAGCACACCAGCUAAAAGAGGAAGGCUUCAAGCUCUAUGCUACUGAGGCCACCUCAGCCUGGUUGUCUGCCAAUGAUGUUCCUGCCAUUCCAGUCGCCUGGCCAGCUGAAAAGGAUGGAGACACGACGUUGCCCAGAAUAAAACGAUUGAUCAGUGAGGGUCAUAUUGAUCUGGUUGUCAACCUCCCUAAUAACAACACUCGCCACCUGAAGGAUAACUUCCUCAUCCGCAGAAUGGCUGUUGAUCAUGGAGUUCCCCUCAUUACUAAUUACCAGGUGGUGAAGCUGUUUGCUGAAGCUAUUUGUAAUGCAGGUGAGCUUGACACCACCAGCCUCUUUCACUACAGACAGAAAGAAAGCCAACCAAGAGGAACCAGUCAGCAAGGCUAGUGAUUCGUCUCUGUCUUCAAGCUCUGUUAUGAAACUGGAAAGGGUGCCAUUUGCCAGGAGGCACUAAAGCUGAAAUGUAACAUCAUAAAAAAAAAUAAACGUCAGCAUCUCAAAAUUUACCUAAGAUAAAUACUGCGCUGAAUAAGUAACGACUUAAAAAUGCAAUUUUCAGAUAAUUAGAAUAACUAGUAGUGGCAAUUGCAGUAAAUAUGUAUACAUGUGGGAAGAUUAAUAAGCUGGAUUGUAACCUUCUUAAGCAAACAACUUAACGUAAAAUAAUACAUUUUAAAACAAAGUUUGUUACUGGAUUAAGGAAUAAUUCACAGAUGGUCACUCGAAUUUAAAGUGCAGUUUUGUUAUUUCUUAGUUUACUUUAGCUAUUUAGCAAGAAGUAAAUAAUCAAAACAAUCAAGUAGAUAACCAAAACUGRCAUUACAAUGUUAAAAGGAAAUGCAGUUCACUGUGUGAUUUUAUAAAUAAUUUUAACACAGCAGAUCUCAAGAGUUAAUUAGAAUUUUUUUUAUUGUGUUAUUUUUAGUUGAAUUUUUAAUUUUUUUUAGACCUAAAUG